AUGGCGACUGCGAGUGGAGGAGGAGGAGGAGGCGGGGCGGCGGCGGCGGGAGGGAGCGGGCCGGGCGCGUACGGCCUGGGCUUGGCGAACGAGCGGCUCCGGAUCCUGGAAGAGCUGGAGCGGGAGAUCGGGACGGCGCUACAGAGCGCGGGCACGGUGAUCCUGGAGCUGUCCAAGGAGAAGCCCAACGAGCGGCUGCUGGACCGACAGGCCUCGCAGUUCGUGGCCUCCGUCCAGAAGGUCGAGUCCGAGCUCUCCGCGCAGAUACGCUACCUCACGCAGGUGGCGACCGGUCAGCCCCACGAGGGGUCCAGCUACUCCGCGCGCAAGGACUGCCAGAUGGCCCUCAAGCGGAUCGACUACGCGCAGGUCAAGCUGGGGGAGCUCUCCCGGACCUGCGAGCAGAUGCUGCUGGAGCAAUGACUCUCCUGGCAGGCGCACCACAGGCACCCUUCACCUUUCCCGGGACUUCCUCCGUCUUCCUCUCCAGCAACGUUUGCGCAGAGCCGGGCCAAAACUGCAAAAAGUGGGACUUGUGGCCAGGCACCGUGUUUCAUUCCCGUUGCAACACGAUCGAGAGACUUGUGCACGAAACGGCAGGCAAUAAAGGUUGUGUUUGGGACGCAAGAGUCCGGUGCUGUCGGUAGGUUCUUGUGCCUGGUUAAUAUCUGAAAUCAGGGCAGUAAAUAAAGAGCAAGACUCUGAAAACGGGAAUUUCAGAAAGGAAACAACCAGGGCCAGCUAACACCUCCCAACAAAGGAUUCCCCCAGGGAGGACGCAGCCAGGCUUUGAAGCUGCAAGGCCAUUCAAUGCUAAUCAAAGUGACUAAUUGCAGCAUUCCUACUUGCCGCACUGAGACAUUGCUAUUCAACCUGGCCAACCAAGGAUUCCACAAGGUAGAAAGCAGCCAGGCUUGCAAGCUGCAAGACUAUUUAGCGCAAUUCAAUCUGGCCAAACAAGGAUUCCCCUACCAAGGAAGUAGCCAGGCUUCAAAGCGGCUCUUUGAUAGAGGGUGCUACUCCAGCUCGCCAAACAAGGAUUGCCCUAGGUAUAACACAGCCAGGCACUGAAGCUGCAAGGCUAUUCAGUCCAAUUCGACCAGAUCAACAACCUUGGUAGAAGGCGGACAGGCUUUGAAGCAGUGAUGCUACUCUGUACUACUGAAGCUGACCAACCAAAGAUUCCCCUAGGUAGCAAGCAGCCAGGCUUUGAAGCAGUGAGGCUAUUCGUUGCAAUUCUAGCAGCUCGAAAAACCAUUCCCCUAGAACACAAGUACCCAGCCUUCCAAGGAGCAAGCCUAUUCCGUUGCAUUCCAGCUCACCAAACAAGGAUUCCCAUAAGUAGGAAACAGCCAGGCUUUGAGGCUGCAAGGCUGUUCACCGCUAUUCCACCUGGCCAACAAAGCAUUCCCAUAAGCCACAGCAAUGCGUGGACGGGCACAGCUAGUAAUUUUAUAAAUAUACCGGAAGUCCUCAAGUCAGAAGGUGAGACCAGUUGGCCUUUUACUGGACAUUCCAACAAAACCUAUUGCAAAACAUAACCUAAUGAAUAAGCUAUCGGAACAUGACUGCGCCCAGACUCUGGACACAUAGCCUUUUGCACUAAUGUGAAUCUCCAUGGACAUGUGGAGACCACCUUUGGGAAAUCCCAAGUCAAGAAGAGCAUGACCUUGUGAGAAGGCAACCCUUUGAAGAAGUGGUAUUCACAAGCAUUCGUGUAAUGGCACCCAGGCAACUCGGCUGUUAGACUGAAGAACCACGUCUUUAGACAGGCCACAACAAAAAUAUAUUGGGUUAGCAGAUGAUGGUUGUUUCUUUGCAGUUGAAGUUGCCCAAAAAAUAUGCGCUCCCUUAAAAACUCUUAGUUAAAAUAUGCACUCAGGUUAUUUUUCAAAGAAGACUUUGUUUUUAUCUCUAUCUUGUAUUAAUUCACCACACAGGCACAUUUCUUAAUGAAGGUCAGUUACAGAUAGGAUGUAGCUUCUUCUCUCUAUGUUGAGAACACCGGUCAUUAUCAAAAGUCCAUUGUCUUGGAGUACAGCUGUACUCCCUGAAGUCCGUAAGUAAAUAUUGAAAUCUCUCAACUGAA